AUGUCCUCACACCGGGCCCCCUCCGAGUCGGAGAAUAUCUCUCCUUCCUCCGGUCGACGUGCUGCCCUGACCAACAUCAGCAAUUCCUCUGCCAGUCGUCGCAAAUAUGUGGAUCAUCUCGAACAGCAAUUAGCCGACGCGCAGGAGCAGUUGUCUGCCGCUGUGAGUCCGAGUCAUCAGCGCACGCAAUCCUCCACGAGGAUGCGAUAUCUCAACGCCGAAGCGAGGCGGUUGCAGGAGGAAGUUGCGGCUUGGGAGCGCAAGUAUGAAGAUCGAAUCCGGGAGGAAAUGGAUCGGCACUUUCGAUUCGAGGAGGAACUGAGGGCGAAAAUCAGGAGUUUGGAAUCGGAAGCGGAGGGUGCCAAAUUCAAAGUCACGGAAUUGGAGAUGCUCUUGGAAGAGCGGGAGGAGAAUCUGGGCGUUGCGGAGACGGCGAAUCGGAGUCUGGAAAAGCGGCUGGAGCUUCUGGGGGAGCUGUUGGCGAGUUCGACGAGUAGGAUUGAUCUGCAUGCCGACACUCCGGGACGUCGUUCAUCACGCGCUUCGAGGCCGGGGUCUACGAUGAUGAUGGUGCAGCCGAGAUUUCCUACGGCGGGGUCUCUGGCUACUUCGCCUGUUCGUACGCAGCCUGGUUCGCCGAGAUCGCCUCGCCGUGCGAGUGUGAGGUUCAGUCCGGGAUUGGCUCCUAUAUCGCCCGUCCAUCUCAGCUUCUCGCCCGAGGUGGCUUCUUCGCCGGGUGAAGCAGACGAGGAGGGGGAGGAUUCGGAAGGCUCGAUCAGUCUGAGCAGCGUCAUUCACGCUCCGAACUGUGCUACAAGGAGGCCCAUGAGGAGGAUGCGACGGUUUGGAGCUGGCAGUGUUAGGCCUAAGCCGCUGAUUCUGCCGUCGACCUCGCACUGUGAGCAGAUUGCGAUUCCUGCCGGGAGGAAUCUUAUGGAGGAGCUGGAGGCGGUGAGGACGGUUUCUGAUGGGAGUCUUCUGAUGGAUGGCGAUUCUGUGCCAUCGAGUGAUCCGGUGGUCGCGAGGGAAGCAGCUCCAUCCAGCGAUCCAGUCCAGCCCGGCAGUCCAAUGCAUCACGGCGACCCAAUACCGCCGAUCGACCCAAUACCUCCUGUGGACGCUAUAUCAUCACCCGAUCAACCACCACGCAGCGAAGCAUCACGCCAUCCCGGACAGUCCGGGCAACUCCAACCCGAUCAGCAGCUUAUCCUUCACACAACCCCACCACCACCACCACCACCACCACCCAUCGCGAGCCGCACCACCACCACAACCCACUCCGCCGCGGAGCUUUCCUUUGUUAACAGCAUCUUCUCUCCGCCGCGAACGGUGCUUCCUUCCAUCUCCAUCACGCGACCUCCGGCGCGGCCCCGUCUGUGGUUUACCGAAAAUUGCGUCGAACUGGCACGGCGUCUCAUCCGCAUCGCGCAGUCGCGUCUCCGCAUCCCGAGAUCUCUCCUCACGGUGCGCUGGUGGCUUGUGGGGAUUCUCUUCGGUCCCAUGGCGCGGAAGCAGAGGAAGUCUGGAUUGCUACGACGGGGAUCCCGUGGUGAAGAUGAUGACGAUGACGGCGAUGAUGAUGAUGAUGAUCUGGCGUAUGGAUCACAUUCGCCAUCUUCUUUUCCUUCUUCUUCCCUUGUGUCCCGGACGCCGGACUCUCCGUCUUCUUCCGCUGGUGGCGUUGGCAGUGGGACGCGCAGAAUGGUCGUCUCCGGCACGGGCAAGAAGCGUAAGACGCUCCUCGAGGAAUCUCGCUCUUCUUCCCCUUCCCCUUCUCCCCCUCAUCACCACCCUCACCACUCCCCCGGACACCCGACGAAGAGUCGGUGUAAACACAGCCCCAUCCUGUGGUUGAAAUUCAGCAUGACGCUCGCCAUUGCCGUCGGGGUGGCUUUCAAGGAUGGGCCUAGUAGUCUCUUGAAAGAGGCUGUUUGUUCUUGCAGGAAGAGGCAGAAGCAGUUGAAGCAGAAGAAAAAGCAGACGCGGAUGUAUCUUGGACAGGGACAGGGACAGGGUGGGGGUGGGGCCAAUUGGAGGGAUGCGAGGAGGGAUGAUUAUGAUGACCAUGAUGAUGGGGGGGAUGGGGAUGGGGAUGGGGUUGGGCGGGGGUUGGGGGGUUGA